AUGAAUUUUACGGUAGCUUCACACGAGGCAGAAAUAUUGGGUCAAGCUGGGAUUAUAUAUGCCAUGUUAUUGGGGGGAACUGCCAUUAUUGGAGGUAUUCUGUUUGGUAUUAGGCAAUUGACUCUUAAAGAGCUGCCAGACACAAAAACUACGAGUUUUGCAGCCAAAGACAUGGCCGAUGGAAUCGAGUUGAAGACCAUUGAAAGUGGUGAAUCGGAAUCACAAAACAGCUCCAAGAGCUCACCCGAGUCAGAGCUCGGCAAGACCGACGUGAUACGUCUUCUAGACUCCGGGAAUACUUUGCAACGCAGUCCUAUACGUCUUUCUCCAAUCUCCAAUUGCUGGACAGCCAGCGGUCCGAUUUCGCUACGAUACGACGAAAUUCCUUGGCUGCCUAUUCCACAGCGCAACAAUUGGCUAAAGGAUCUUUAUGAUGUCCAGAAGAGUAUGGCUCAAGACACUUUGGCAUUAAAAGAAGAUUUGCAAGCACUCAAGAGCAUCAAGCUUUCGCAAUGUGUUUAUCCUUCAGUGGUGAUUCCGCCGAUUCGGUUCCUUUCUGUGUGGAGAGCAAACCAGGCAGUGGAAGAAACCAAGGAGCUUCUUCUCGAUCCCAGCGUUGACAAAUGCACAAAAACUAUUGGUUUGGUGCGGCUUUCUGGGCUUGCAGCCGCCAAGGCUUUUUCAUUGGCAGUGAACCCUUUUUCUUUGUACUCGUUCCAGGCGCUUAUUGAGCAAUUGGUGGACACUGGGUUGGUUUUCCAGAUCAUUGCUCAGCUGCCCCAGCCCAAAUACAGUAUGCUUCUUGUGGUGGAUAUAGUCGCUAGUUAUAGCUGGCACGUUUGGAACGAUGCCCGAAGCAAGGCAGCAGCUUAUGGUGGAGCACGGGUGAUGGUAAUACGUACUUUUUGCAAUUUGCUCUUAGGACUCGAUGGAGAAACCACUCCACAAUUUGUGCAGGUGAAGCUCAGUAUCCUCUUGGAAAAAAUGAUUCUGACGACCCGGUGCCACGAGUACCUUACGGUGGUGCCCAUGGUAGCACAAGCAAUCAAUAUAGCUGUUGGGGGCCGCACAAAAACGGUUUUUUACGAUGCACUCUUCGUGAUUGUCGUCAAGCAUCGGCAGUGUUGUUUGGAAGAUGAGUAUCUCCAACAGAACACAGUUCUCCAACAAGUAAUCAGCGAUGGCUUGGCAUCCCACAGCCCCAAAGAGCGCGAGAAAGCAUUGAAAUUGCUGCAAGAAGUGUCAGGUCAAGUGAUGGUUUUCGCAGCCAAUGCAGCCGCGGAUACCCUGGAUUUGAGCCAUGCAAGUGCCGGGUGA